AUGGAGUCUUUGUCCUGUUCGAUUUGUGGGAAAUUUAUGUCAGCUUUCAAUAAUUAUGUGAGACACUUGCGUCGUAAUCACGGAGAUAUCGGAGCCCAAACAGCAUCGGCCCUAGUGAAAGAGACAAAGGAAGCAAGAAUGGCAUUGAAGCAGUACCAGUGCGAUUUGUGUAACUUCAGGGGCUCGUCAAAAGAUGCCGUGAGAAUGCAUAAAGCUAGGAAUCAUAGGCAGGCUCUCGCUCCACUUACAAAUUUAAACGCAGAUGCAACCAGCCAGAAGCAGGGUUUGGCAUGCCCCCAAUGCCUCGCAAAUACUCGCGAUACAAGAAGCCUCAUCGAACAUGCUCGUUUGGAGCAUGAGUUUCAAGGCGACAUUGUUUGGAAAGAGAUGCACGAGCGCCUCACUGUCACAUCGUGGUCAUGUUACGCUACCCUCCCAAAAAAUGGCUCUAAGACCAAAUAUUACAAGUGCUUCCGACCGCGCAGGAGAAACGCUGUGGAAGCCACAGAGACAAGCGGCCACCCCAGAGCAAUCCAGUCGGCAUGCACAGCAUUUUUGAAAACCGUUGAGUAUGAAGCUGCUGAGACAAUCGAAGUUGAGUAUUGUGACAAGCACUUUGGACAUACUACUAGUGGUGCUCUACUACCCUUGUCGAUCGGAGAGAAAUCAGUCAGCUGCUCAAGAAAGAAGAAUCCAUCCCUAGUGUCAUGA